AUCAGUGCGCCGCCACUGUCGCCGCCAUGAACAGCGUAGGGGAGGGAUGCACUGACAUGAAGCGCGAGUAUGAUCAGUGCUUUAAUCGCUGGUUUGCCGAGAAGUUCCUCAAGGGGGACACCUCCGCGGACCCGUGCACCGAGCUCUUCAAGCGCUACCAACAGUGUGUUCAGAAAGCAAUAAAGGAGAAGGAGAUCCCCAUUGAAGGACUGGAGUUCAUGGGCCAUGGUAGAGAAAAGCCUGAAAGCUCUUCUUGACCUUGACAGUCACCUUGAAAAUGGACUCCUCAAAUCAGGCAACUGAGCACUACGGAUUGUGUUAAGGCUGUGAAGAUAGCCCUCAAUUUAAUGAGGAGUUUAGGGAGAUUAUAUUUUUCCUCCUUCUAGCUGGUUUCCUUCCGCUUGUAACUGAUGAACCAUCACUUUUUACUUUGGAAAGAUUUCUCACUUGCUGCUGGCAUCUUGCCGGAAGGAACUCGCUGUGCUAAAACUGAAUGACUUUGGGAGAUUAUGGUUGCAGUACUUCAUCUGGGAUCAGCUUUAAAUAUACCUUGUAUGUAAAUACUGAUAAACUUGUCAGGAUGAUCAUGGUUGCCUGACCUCUUGAGUUACACUUCAAAGGACACUACGUAUACUGUACUGGGGUCAUUGUUCGUGGAAGUAGUUGGUUAGGACCUCUAUUCUCUCCGGGAGCUAAUUCUCUGAAAAGGGGUCCCAGCUCAACAGUUUCAAUCAAUGCUUGGGAGCAGUUUUAUUUUUCUAUAGUAAUUUAACAACGGUUAAGAUUGCUGGUGGACUGAGUUAACAAAGAGAAGCCUUUAACAGAUCCCUGCCUUAACAAGAGGUGUCAAGAUCUCAGAUCAAGGCAUGAAAGCUUCAAGAAUGUCAGAGUGAAUACCAUUUCAGAACUCAGAGUAUAGUUCAGUCAUUGAAAUCACUGGAAUAUGCUAUGGAGGAAGAUCCUAAAUUGCAGAGAUUUGCUGUUGCCAGCUUUCAGCCUAAGCAAAUGAAUUACUUAAGUCAACCUGUACAUUGUGAAGAUGCCAAAAUGUUGUAUGUGGUUAAAUAGGAGGAAAAAGGAGAUGUUUUAUUUGCCUUGUUUACCCACCCUGCCCUGUAAUGUCUAAUCAUGAAGAUGGAAUAAAUUAUAACAUUUAGUUUCUAUUA